UAAAAACAUAAUUACGGUUGUUUCAGCCUUGCUUCACUGACUCUUCUUCUUCUUCCUCCUUCGGAUUCCUCAAAACCCUUUUCCCUUUUCCCCCCUCCAACCCAUCGAUGGAAUUCCAGCGGCUUUUUCAAAAUUGUCACCUGCGCUGCUCCGAAGCAUGGCAUUCACUCCAUUGAAGCAAUUGAAACUAGUAUCGGGGGUAUCUGAUAUGAUGAUAGGUUUUUUCAGUCAACUGGAACUGAUUCGUGUUAAUGCAUCUGAGACUAUGGAAGCCUAUAUCAUUCUGCGCAACCUUGAUGAUGGACAAGAAGAGCAGGAGAGGAAAGGUUCUUGUGUGGAGGAGGAGGAGGAGUGGGGUAAGGCAAAGCCAUCAACUCUCAAGAACAAACUAAGGGAGGCUCUUGAGGAGGCUUCUGAAGAUGGGUCAUUGUCUGAUAGGACAUUUUGCACUGAAGAAUCCAUUCUUGGCUUUAAUGAAGCCUUCAAUAAGUUCUUGACUUUGUACCCAAAGUUCCAAUGUUCAUAAACAGUUGACCAAUUGAGACUUGACUUUGUACGGGUUGUUUUCUUAUUUUCAAAUGCUACAGUAUUGGGAUUCAUCUACAUUUAGCUUAAAGGAAAUUAUUGCAAAUUUGAGCAAUCAUGUACUUCAUGGGUGUGCAG